AGACGUCUGGGCCGCAGCCCCACGGCCCGGUGCCUCCCCGCGCGGCCCACUGCGGCUGCCGCCGGGGCGCGCGGAACGCGCAGCAAUGGCCCUGCGGCCCGGGGCCUCGUCCUCGGGCCGCGCCCACAGGGACCACCGGAAGCACCUGAACUUUCACCACCACCAUCACCACGGUGCCCACGAGCACAAUUUCUGGCACCACGAGUUCGAGUCGGAGUUCCAGGAGCCCCUGCCGCCCGUGUGGCGGUCGACGCUCUACGCGCCGGAGCCCGACCACGAGGGCAAGCCGACGGUGGACCCCGUGUGCGGCCUCGUGCUCGCGAGCUUCGGCGAGAAGGAGUGGAACGGCCGGUGCAGGGCCUCCAUGAUCGAGCAGAACAAGUGGUUCGACGAGUUCGACGACGGGAACGGCAAGUUGACGUUCGAAGAGGUCCACCAGGCCGUGCAGCACAACCCCGAGGCUGUGCGCCGGCUGCCGGCAGCGCUCCACGGCUUGUUGAUCGACGACUUGGUCAGGGCCGCGUUCUCGUCGAACAAGUUCGACGUGGACGGCAGCGGCGACCUGGACAGGGACGAGUGGAACAAGUUCCUGGACCAGCUCGAGGUCUUCUACCUCAAGUACCGCAGGGAGCUGUCUUUCCAGUGCGAGCGGACAUUCUACGGCAGGGGCUGGACGGACUACCUGGAG